ACGUGUCACCGAAGAAGGAAGCAGAUAGGGGUGAAUGGUCUUGCAGCGCUUGAACACUCUUUGACUACAGACCGAGCAGCUGUCAAUGCACAGUGCACAGUGUCACGACAAGCAGGGGGCUUUGUGGAAGGACAACGGCUUAAAAAUGCAGCUCAGCGACGACUUCUGUAGUUUACCACGUUGUCGAGUCAGUUCUCAAAACGUUCAAAUCUAUCGGUGAACAACGAGCUCUCAGCUCUUGGGACAAUUUCCUCUCAAGUGGGCUUUUUCCCCUCUUCUUCUGUCCAUUGCUGUCGGCUGAGUGUUGUCUGCUCGUCACUGUCCAUCCGACAGAACUAGUCCAGACAUGAGUAACGUCAAUCUGAUUUUUUGGGACCAGUUGCAGGCUGGCAGCUCCGAUGUGGACUGGUGUGAAGGCAAUUACCUAAUUUACCCCGGCAUCGCUGAAUUUUACAACACGAUCAGCAACAUUUUGUUUUUUGUUUUGCCGCCCAUAUUAAUGUGCUUGUUCCGCCAAUAUGCAACACAUUUCAACAGUGGGAUUUACCUCAUAUGGAUUCUACUGGUUGUGGUUGGUAUUGGAUCGACAUAUUUUCACGCCACGCUCAGCUUCCUUGGCCAGAUGCUGGAUGAGCUGGCCAUCUUAUGGGUGCUUAUGUGUGCCAUCGCCAUGUGGUUUCCCAAGAGAUACCUACCCAGGAUGUUCAGGAGGGAUCGGUCAAGGUUCAAAGUGGUCAUCGGCAUCUUGUCAGGGAUCACCACUGGAUUGGCCUUCGUGAAACCUGUUGUCAACUCAUUGUCCCUCAUGACUCUGGGCAUCCCUUGCACCGUACUCCUCAUUACUGAGCUUAAAAGGUGUGAAAACCCACGUGUGUUCAAGUUGGGUCUGAUCUCAGGGAUCUGGUGGGCACUGGCUCUGCUUUGCUGGAUAAGUGACAGGAUAUUCUGUGAGAUGUGGUCAUCUGUCAACUUUCCCUACUUACACUGUGCUUGGCACAUCCUCAUUUGUCUGGCUUCCUACUUGGGUUGUGUUUGCUUCGCCUACUUUGAUGUUGCGACUGAGGCUCCGGAGCGAGGACCCGUCAUCAUGUUCUGGCCCAACGAGAAAUGGGCCUUCAUCGGCGUGCCCUACAUUUACUUUCUCUGCGUCCACAAGAAGUCUGCUGUCAAGGUUACUUAAGGGGACCCAAGUCUGUGCUUUAACACUUCCUCGCCAAGAUGCAUUCAAACCACACGGAAGCUUUGCUGCAUCUGGUGCGCCUGUGACUGGGUGAUGUAGACCAACGGUGAGGAUUUAUCUGUUCCUUUUUUCCCAUCCCUGUCUGGUUUCAUUACACAGCAGUGUUUGUGCAACUCUUUCAAAUAACUCAACUUGUUGCAAAUUAGUCUAACAUGACGCCAAAAAAGGGACAUUUCAAAGCACACAGUAAAGCCGAGAAACCUUUACAGUGUUCCAAACAUAAUCUCAGGCUUUGCAUAUGAUAUCAUGUAAGUAUUAGUAUUAUGCAUUUCUGGCUUCUUUAAAAAGAAGAUUUUGUACAUUUUAUAGUAACUUAAAGAAACCUCAUUAUAAAGCAUUGUAUUGGCUUUAUAAAGACAAGUAUAGCAUCUCAUAGGUGCAGUUUGGCCAUCAUGAAAGCAGACAGAAACAAACAAUAAAGCACUGGAUCCAUUAACUGUGAUUAAUGCAUAAUGCAUUAAAGCUUCAUAUUAUAAUGCUUAGCAGAUCUUAUCAACAAGCUGGUUCAUAAGACGUUACAGAAGUGUCUGUUUUGCUGCCAGCAUGCCAUUGUGAUUUUUUUAACAUAGUAUAUGAGAAAUGUAUUUUAAUGUACUCCUGUGUGUGUGUGUGUAUAUAUAUAUAUAUUAAAUGUGAUAUGCAGAUAUUUUCCCAUGAAAAGCAUAUCAUUUGUAUAUUACUGAAUGAAUAGGUACCCUUUGAUAUUGAUAUUGGCCAAAACCCAAAGUAAAACAAAAAAAAAUUAAUGUGAAUUUAAAAUGUAUGGAAAUAAGAUUGACUAUUCAACGAAAUAAUUAUAUAUUUUGCACAAAAGAAGAAGAAUGGUUCUCAAAGCCUUUGGCUUAAUGCACACUGCCAUGAUAAUUAUGUACUCAAAACUUUGCUUGCACCCGACAGCUUUUAAUGCUGAAGUUUUUACAGCUGAUUUAUUUUCAUCCAAACGUCUCAACUUUUAAAUACCUCUUCAGGGUUAUUUAUUAUAGGCUCAGUAUUUUAGACUGUGCUAAAUAUAAUUUAAAACGGUGCAAAAGGCCUUAAUCAAACAGGAUAACGGACGACAAAAGCAAAUGAAGGUACACUGUGUCCUUGUGUGAUGUAUCUGAAGCUGUUUUUUCUAAAAGGGGAAAUGCAGAGUAAUGAAUGUGUUGGAUAACAAAAGGAAAUGAUGUUUAGAUUAUAGCGGAAGAAUUGUGGGACAGAUGAGGUUUUAUCACUUCUGACCUUAUUAAACUUAGUGUUACUUGGUCUAAUGUUUUCAUUUGACAUAAAUAAAUAGACAUUCUGUGUGUUGAAUAUAAAAGGGAAGAAUGUUUGAGUGUUGUACAGCUAAACACUAACCCUAAAACACAAGUUUCACCAAAGCUUUUCACCACAAACCAUUGUUUUAAAUGUUCUUGGAAACCGCCUCAAGCUGUGUUCACUGAUAUUUUACUCCCGUUCCCCUGCAGAGGCUUCUGGGAACUCAACCUGCUAAAAUAUCUUGUGCAUACAUGUAGGGUCAAAUGAAAAAUCAUGAUUUAGAAAGUACAGAAAUAAAUAUUUUCAAGUAUUUUGUUAAAUCCCCACCCCAAAUAUAUAUUUUUCAAAGUGAUGUGCAGCCAAAUUCUAAGGGAGAAUGAUUGUUAUUUCAUGAUUACAACCUUUGUAUUUUUAAUUAUUAUUUUUUUGUAUCUUCAGGAGAAACUUUGGGGACAGUAUUGACAAUGUGUGAACAAAGCUGUUGUUGUGCUCAUGCACACUUUCACUGUGCUGCAAAUGUUACAGAAUUACACAUCUGAUCCACGAUGGUAUGAGUCACCCUCAGAUUAAGGAGUUUGUGUGAACAGGACAGCCUGUGAAAUGCUGCCCUCUGCAUCGUGAUGUUUGUCUUGGCAUGAGGUAUGAUUAUGAUCUUAUAACUGAGUUCCCACAUUUUUAUGGACAAAUGUGUAUAUAAAUCUCAGUUUUUCUCUGCCUUCAUUGACAAUACAGACACACUGCACAUAAAUAUUUAUUUUCAUAAUUUAUCCUGUUUUGUAAACCCAUAUUUGUAAUAGACUCGAACAUUAGUAUAUUUUAUUUUAUGCAAUAAACCAAGCCAAUUAU